UGUUGAUGGACGUGAACGGGGAUUUGGUGCGGCCGAACGAUGGUCACACGAACACGUGUUCUCCAACAGGGCUUACUUCAUGCCCGACAAACAUCCUGCGGAACUUGGCGUCGAUCAUAUCCGAGAAAGCGACGAGGGCGUCUAUAGGUGCCGCGUCGACUUCAAAAUCGCCCAAACCCGUAACAGUAAAGUCAAUUUGACAGUUAUUGUGCCACCUAAGAAGAUCGAGGUUACAGACGAAAAAAGGAGAAUCCUAUCAUCAGUUGUUGGGCCUUUUACAGAAGGUGCUUCGUUCAACCUCAGAUGUGAUGUUUAUGGAGGAAAACCGCCUCCAGUUGUAACGUGGUUUCGUAACGACGUCCCUAUUACCGACCCCGAAAAAGUAACAGUCACCGAGAUGAGUCCAUCGCAUGUCAGAAGUGAACUUCGAAUGUCCGGUCUAACAAGAAAUGACGUCCACUCUGACCUCACGUGUCAAGCUAACAAUAGUCCUCGUAGGCCACCUCUAGCUGCCACUUUGGUACUCGACAUGAAUUUCGGACCGUUAGACGUGAAGAUCGUAGGGGCAGACCAACCCCUGUCAGCAGGGAGAAGAUACGAGCUUGUGUGUCAAAGUUCGGGUUCCAGACCGCACGCUACUAUGACAUGGUGGAAGGACGGACAGCGCCUGGAAGGCAGUAAGGAAACGGGGUCGACCGAUGCUGAAGGUAACACAACGACGAGCACAUUGUCCUUCGUUGCGUCCAAGGAUGACGCAGGAAAGAAACUGACGUGCCAGGCUGAAAACAAAGCCGUUCCAGCGCCGGCCCUCCGGGACGUCUGGACUCUGAAAAUACAGUAUACACCGGAAGUGAAGAUUACCUUGGGGACGUCGCUGGAUCCCGACGACAUAAAGGAAGGAAGUGACGUUUACUUCGACUGCGUGAUAGAUGCUCAGCCCCGCGUCUACAAAGUGGAAUGGAGACAUAACGGCAAAUUGUUACAACACAAUGCGGGAGUUGGCAUUAUAAUAAGCAACCAGAGUUUGGUGUUGCAAGGGGUGUCGAGGAAAAGUGCCGGCAAUUAUACCUGCGUCGGUUAUAACACCGAGGGUGACGGGGAAAGUGAACCAUUCUACAUGGACGUAAUGUUUAGCCCUACGUGCAAGCCAAAUCAGACGCGCGUUUACGGCGUUGCGAAGCAAGAAGAAGCAAGGAUAACGUGCUUGGUCGAUGCAAAUCCAACGGAACUGCAGUUCAAAUGGACUUUUAAUAAUUCAGCAGACGCUGUGGACGUGGCCCAGUCCCACAUCGCCAGAAGCGGUACGGCUUCCGUUGUAUCGUAUACCCCCAUGACCGAAUUGGAUUAUGGUACAUUGCUGUGCUUUGCGAAGAAUAAAGUCGGCGAACAGAGAAAACCUUGCGUUUUUCAUAUUAUUCCUGCAGGUCGACCAGAUCAAGUACAAAAUUGCAGCGUUUCAAACAUAUCAAUGUCCUCUUUCUCUGUUAAGUGUAUGGAAGGAUUCAACGGUGGUCUUUCUCAAGCCUUUUUCGUUGAGGUGCGGGAGUCAGAAAGUCAGGAAGUAAAAGCGAAUGUAUCUUCGCCAGUUUCGCAAUUCUACAUAACAGAUUUGAAGCCAGGAGUUCACUAUCAAAUGGGGCUAUUCGCGUUUAAUUCCAAAGGACGCAGCGAGCCAACUGUUUUACAGGCGUCUACACUUCGAUUACCCGAAAAGCAGUUAACCAGUGAGAAAGGCAUUCUUCGAUCCGGUCUUCGCAUCACUCCUUUCAUAAGCGUCGUAAUUGGGGUCGUUUCGGCUUUAUUCAUUGUUUCGUUGGUGGUAAUACUAAUUCUUCGUCUCAGAUGUCCCAACAAAGGCCAAAGAAAACGGCAAAAGAAUGCCGCGACCGCUGCAGUUACAGCAGCCAACGGCAACUCUGAUCUCAGAGGAUCCACCAAUGAUAUCACAGAUAAAUCAGGGGGUAGUCCGAUAUCAAAACAUGACUCGAGUGCUGGAGAAUGCGACAGCGACGAAAAAAAUCCGGACAUUAUACCACAACCGAUCGACGGAGGUGAAGAUGUGUCAGACCUUUGUAGACGAAGGCAGCAGGUGUCAACUAUAGAAACAUCGUCUCCUACGAGGAGUCUACUGCAUGCCUCUGGAGCUGGUGGUGGUUAUAUUGGAUACUGUACCCUUCGAAACGGCAUGCCCGUGCAUGACAUGAGCCAACAAAAACUGGCUCCUUUAAUGGCACCGUUUCCGCCUUGCACGUUACCCCGACAGGUAGCGCAGCAGUGGCAAUACGGUCCAUUGAGUCACUUACCUCCGAACAUGUAUCAGAUGCCUCAGUACAGAGGUCCGCCGCCUAAUCUAAGGCCUAGACUCAGGGAACCUCCGAUUCCUCUUCAAGCCAUUGUGGCAACGGAAGAGGAACCCAGUCCCAACACUCCGCUUGUAAAUAAAAGGGAAAGCUCCGUUUGACAAGUCACUUUUCUUUAGGACAUAUGCGAUUUUAAUGAACGAAAGCUUAGGAGUAAAAGAGAAAAAUGACUGAUAAAGCGCAUUUUAGAAAGUCGAAAUAUGUAAAUAGAUAAAAGAUUCUUCAUUCCCUUCUCAUUAUUUAUACGACGUCUUGUCUUCUAAAAACUUAUAUUUCUUUGGCUUUAAAGCAGAAAUGGAAACUAUCUGUAACUUUGGUUGUGUUUUGAGAAAUUUUAUAAAUAAUUUCCAAAGAAUAUAAGUUACCGUUUCUACAAAUCCCUGAAGCACACAAAAUUAAAAACAAAGUAAAAAAGUUAAUUUCAUA